AUGUCCCAUGGGGAUUUUAUUGUGUAUUUCAUGCCACCAAAUACAGCUAUAGAAGGAUUGUUAUCAGAUUCAACGCGUCCUUGUAUUAUUACAGAAGAAGAUUUUCAAAAAUUAAUAAAACAAGGAAAUGAUGUCUUUAUCUAUGAAUCAAAAGUAUAUAAAAUAAAUAAUUUUGUAGCAAAGCAUCCAGGUGGUGAGGCUGCAUUAAGAAGUGCACUUGGUCGAGAUGUAACAGAUGAAAUUCGUACUAUGCAUCCUCCUAAGGUUUAUGAGAAAAUGAUUAAUUUGUAUUAUAUUGGUGAUUAUAUAUCAGAAAGAAGGCCGUCUGUGGCAUCAGUCAGUUAUCAACAACAACAACAACAAAAGAAAACAGACAACGAACCGAUUUUAACUGCAACAUGGAAAGGCGGUAUGAGUAUGAAGGCAUUUGAUGAUGCUAUUGAAGAUCUGCAUAAACAUCAUUUCAACGAUCUUUCUAAAGAUGUGAUUCAUCAACAAAAUCUAGAUUAUGAAAAAACAAGAGAGGCCUUUAAACGAUUAGAAGCAGACAUUCGUUCUCGUGGACUAUUUCAAUGUAAUUAUUGGAAAUAUGCAAAAGAAGGUUGUCGAUAUACUCUGUUUAUCUUUUUGUCUUUAUGGUUUACAUUAAAAGGUACAACGACAUGGCACUACAUAAUGGGAGCUAUCUUCAUGGCUAUGUUUUGGCACCAACUUGUUUUUACCGCUCAUGAUGCCGGGCAUAAUGCUAUUACCGGCAAAUCCGAAAUCGAUCAUGUCAUUGGUGUCAUUAUUGCUAACUUUAUUGGUGGACUUAGUUUAGGCUGGUGGAAAGACAAUCAUAAUGUUCAUCAUAUAGCUACAAAUCACCCAGAACAUGAUCCUGAUAUUCAACAUUUACCUUUUUUUGCUAUCACGACUAAAUUCUUUAAUAAUCUUUACUCUACAUAUUAUAAACGUGUUUUACCUUUCGAUGCUGUUGCACGUUUCUUUAUUCAAUAUCAACAUCAUCUUUAUUAUCUUAUACUUUCAUUUGGACGUUUCAAUUUACAUAGACUAUCCUUUGUUUAUCUUUUUACAUCAAAGGAUGUUAGAACAAGAAAACUGGAGCUAAUUGGUAUUACUUGUUUCUUUAUUUGGUUUGGCAAUCUCCUCUCUUAUUUGCCAACAUGGAAGAUUCGUUUAGCCUAUAUAUUUAUUUCCUACAUGCUGACUUUCCCGCUUCAUGUUCAAAUCACACUUUCUCAUUUCGGUAUGUCUACAGAAGAUAAAGGACCUAAUGAACCUUUUCCUGCUAAAAUGUUAAGAACAACUAUGGACGUUGACUGUCCCGAAUGGCUCGAUUGGUUUCAUGGUGGUCUUCAAUAUCAAGCAGUUCAUCAUUUGUUUCCAAGACUUCCAAGACAUAAUUUACGACAAUGUGUCCCACUUGUAAAAAAAUUCUGUGAUGAAGUAGGACUACAUUAUUACAUGUAUAAUUUCUCUACCGGUAAUGGUGUUGUACUUGGUGCUCUUAAAUCGGUUGCUGAUCAAGUUUCCUUUAUGAAUGAAGUAGCAAAAAAUAAUGCUGAAAUCUGGGCUGGUGGUGAGCCAAAAAAAUUAUAA